AUGGUAGAAUAUUCAGAUGAGGAGUACACCAUUCAACAUUUCACUCAUCUUCAUCCCUUAAAACUUGUUGAUUCCAACCAGAAAGAUGAAGUGAUCUGCUCCAUUUGUGUAGAGCUCUGCUCUUCUUCUUCUUCUUCUACCUAUGGUUGCAUGAAAUGCAAGUUUUUCCUUCAUAAAUCUUGCAUGAAGAGCAUUUCGCGACAGUUGAUCAAUCAUCACAUCCAUCCAUGCACUCUCAUAUUCAUCACAGAUCCUGACGGUAGUGACGAAUGUGAUUGUUGUGGUGAACGUAUUGUCCCCGGCAUGAAGUUCAGCUGUGGAGCAUGUGAAUUCGAUGUCCAUGUCAAAUGUGCCCUAUUUCCCACCAUAGACUCUGAAGAUUCCAAAGAAAUCCAGCAUUUCUGUCACCCGCAUACACUAGCACUUGUCCAAAACGAUGAAGAAUAUGGCAGCGAACCUCGUUGUGUAGCAUGUGCACAGAUUUGCUUAGCUCCCGCACCAACUUUCAGGUGUAGCAGAUCAUGCGACCGCUUCUUUUUACAUAAAUCAUGCUAUGUUAAAAUACCUUACAAAUUUGUAAAUUUUAAGCAUCCUUUUCAUCCCAAACACCUUUUCACCAUCACAUCCCUUCCAUACAAUGAUCAUAUCCGCACUUGUGAUGCAUGUUUCCGAGGCAUUGAUUCAACUCUCUUAGCAUAUAGCUGUCUGAAAUCUGAGUGUAAGUUUAACCUUCACUUGGAUUGUUAUAAGCUGGUGCCCUCUAUUACGUUUAGUGGCCAUCAACACCUUCUCACUCUCUUUGAGAAAACAACCGAUCUUACUUGCCAUCUUUGUGGUGUAAACUGCCGUAACUUCGUUUUUUGA